GGAAUAAAACAUAGGUAUUAAAAGAUCAUAAUUCCAAUAGAAAUUGAUAUCCAUAGAAGAAGAGGAAGGAAACGUUAAUCCAUAAAUCGACUAAUCAUCGAUUAGUUAGGUUAGAGUUCUCAAAACACACACCGGUGUUUGUAACAGCAAGGAAUGUCGAUGAACAUGGCACAGAAGUAUUCUUACCUCAAAAUUGCUAAUUAUUCAUAAACACAUUACAAAACAAGAGAUUGAGCCUUAAAUAUGGGAAAAUUUAAUGUCUUAUUAAUGUAUUAAUUAUACAUCGAGCUUAAUAGAUAAAGAAGCAACACACGUGUUACCACAAGCUUCCGCAUAACCUGUGUGUUAUGAAAUCUAUGAAGCUUCAAUCGCGGAGAUUUGAGGGCUGUAAUUUGAUUUAUGAAUAUGUUAUGAGAUAUUCUAGUAUCUCCGGUAUUUAAUUUUAUUGAAGUUUUGCUCUAGUAUCAAGAUGCCUACGGUAAUUGCACUGGAUGUUUCUCUGUCAAUGAGAAGAGUCUUGUUGAGCAAUGGAAUGAAUGACAGCCUACAAAAUGAACAAUUGACACGGCACAAUUUAGCAGUACACGGUAUAAACGCUCUGUUGCAUUAUUUGCAAGUUAAUUCAAAGCUGGAGUUUGUGUCAUUGAUUGUAUUUUCGUCGUUGUACGAAGUGAUUUGCCCUUUCACUCGGGACUACGACAGUAUACGCGCCAAAUUACAGACUAUCGAAGAACAAGACAAAACAUGUAUCGAAUCGGCAUUACGUGGUGUUAAUAAUGUAAUAAUGGCUGAGUGGGGUAAUACGACAGCUUGCCAAGUGAUAUUGAUUACAGAUGGUAAUCCUGGCAUAGGGCCUAUGUCUUUAGCCCAUUCUUUAAGUACUUUAAAUAACAUACUGGAUGUAAGUCCCUUUCCGUUACCUUUCCCAUAUCCGGGAAAGUUGAGCGUCGUUUGUAUUGCACCGCAACAAGAUGCUGCUUUGCAAAGAGGUUUACCUUUGUAUCAACGUUUAGUUGAUCUAGCUGGUGGUGAUAGCAUUAUAAUAGUCCCAGAAUCACCGCUUGGCAAAUACUCGGUCACAGCUUGCUUCCAGAAACUAGCUGAGACGAAUUACGUUUCUUUCCAAGGAUAUCUGAAAUGUGGCCAUUUAGGUUCCCGUAUUUCAUUGUCACCCGCACCUAUGCCUUACACCAAGAAGACUGACUUCGAAUUGGUCUCAGGUCUGGUAAUAUCGAAUACCAUAGAAAUCUGUGGAUUCAUAUCCGUAGGGGACGUCGGUAGCCCAAGCGCCAUUUCCCGGCACCUGGUAUUGCCGUUGCCGACGGAGAAGACCGCGAGUAUGCAAGGCAUAUCGUUGGAGGAAGAAUCUGACACCGACGAAACCGGCGACGAAGGAAAGAUUCCGUCCUUCUGCGUGUUGCUUCACGGAGCAUUGAAAGUGGAAAAUAUGGCGGCCCUCUGUUUGUUGAAUAACGACUGGUACGGCUUCAUAUACUCUUGGGCGGAUACCAAGAAGAAGUCCAACUUGAUGUUAACGGUGUUAGAACAGGGAUGCGACGUUAUACCAUGGUUAGGUACUUUCAGCAACUUAGGCCCGACGGACACCGCUGAGGCUGCCGGAGCUAGUUUCCCAGUUAGACCCACCGAGAAAAGAAGUUACACGCAGAAUUCACCCUCGUGGAUUCGUCAGGUCGGCUUGCAAUCCGACAUUCAGAAGAUAUUAAGACACGCGCGGAAAUUACCCGAGAAAACGCAGAAUUUCUACAAGGAGGUGAAUAGAUUACGACGCGCAGCUGCAUCGAUCGGAUUCGUCGAGUUGCUCGAAGGACUGGCAUGCAUCUUGGAACGAGAAUGCACGUUACUACCGCCGAAUCUGAAUCCCGAUUGCACGAUCCAAAUGGGACACGUGGCGUCGAUGAUCAGGAAACCGGAAUACCUCGAGCUUAGAUAUAAUAUUCCACCUGCACGGACGAAGUUCCAACACGGUGGAUCUUGAAUAACGACACAAGUCGCUCGUGUUAUUGCAUUUGUACCGAAUAUUGGACAUUUAUAUAGCGGAAAUAUAAUUUGUACAUGUUUUA